ACAGAAAAAGAUUUAUCAUGGAGAAAUAUUAUAUAAUUGUGAUAUGCAUCGUUGUAUUGCUGAUUGUGAUCGCAGUGUUGAUAGCUUUGCGAAAGUUAUCUAGGAAAAAAAAGGAUGUGGUGUCUGACAGGGAAGCGCAAUACGAGUUGAAUUCAUACCAUCAGUCACAGCCAGAGUUUAGAUUAGAAAGAGGAAUCACGGUGAGCAUACGACAAGGUGAUAUCACCGAUGAAGAUGUCGAUGUCAUUGUCAAUGCUGCCAACGGUAGACUUCAGCACGGAGGAGGUGUUGCAAGAGCUAUCGCUAUGAAAGCUGGCGAGGAAAUCAACGUGGAUGGACAACGAGCACUCAGCGGUCGAAGAGGGCGCGAAUUAAAAGUAUCAGAGGUGUUACACACUGGUGGUUACAAUCUGAAAGCGAAAUAUGUCAUACAUGCAGUGGGACCAAUACGUGGAAAAGACAACCCAUUUUCGUACCUGCUGAAGAGAACGUUCUAUCAUUGUUUGGAAUAUGCAGAUGUGAGUCUUGAAGCUAGAUCGAUUGCAAUUCCGUUGAUAAGCUCCGGAGUAUUUGGUGGAAACAAGGACGAAUGCGCAGACGCGUUGCUGUGUGCUGUCAAAGAGUUUUCACAGGAUGACAGUUUCAAGACAGUGAAUGAAAUUCGACUUAUCAAUAUUGAUGCAGAAGCUACUCGUGCAAUUAAUACAACUUUUUCCAUAGGGUUGAAU